AUGGCACAGAUUGAUAAGAGAGAUGGAGAAGAACAUGUGAUUUACUACCUGAGCAAAAAACUACUUGAGUACGAAAUUCGCUAUACUCUAGUGGAGAAGACAUGCACCUCUUUGGUCUGGGUAACUAAGAGGUUGAGGCAUUACAUGAUAUCGCAUCCGAUUAAACUUGUUUCAAGGAUGGAUCCGAUCAAGUACCUCUUUGAAAAACCAGCAUUGAUAGGAAGGAUGGCCAGGUGGCAAUUGUUACUAUCAGAUUUCGACAUAACUUAUGUCAAUCAAAAGUCUAUAAAGGGGUGGGCAAUCUCAGACCAUUUGGCAGCGUCUCCUGCGGAGACUGAUUCACGACCAAUAGAGGAUUCCUUCCCUGAUGAAGAUCUGCACUUCGUGGAAGAAAGCCAAAAUGAAGAAUGGCAAUUAUAUUUUGAUGGAGCUGCAAAUCAAAAAGGGUUUGGGGUAGGAAUGUUACUCGUGACCCCAGAGGACUUUUACUUACCCAUGGCAUUUUGCCUAGAUUUCAACUGCACCAAUAACAUCAUGGAAUAUGAAGCUUGCGCCAUUGGUCUGAAAAUGGCAUUAUCUGUAGGAGUAGAAAAGAUCAAAGUCUUUGGAGACUCUUCGGUCGUGAUUUGUCAAACUCAAGGGAAGUGGAAAACCAGGGACGAAAAAUUGAAGCCCUAUCAAGUAUAUCUGGAGUAG